AUUUUCCCGAUAUCUCUUUUAUUGCUCGAGAUAUCUUAAGUUUCAGUUAAUAAGCCGAAGAGAAACUAAACUUAAUCUAAAUUUUAAGUCACUGGUCACAGAAUUUAUGCCACAAGAACCAAAAUAUACUUUUCUGAAGGUUUUUGGGUUACUGAACUCGAAUCCGCAAUCAGAAAAAUUCUAUUAGCCUCCGUUCUUGAAAUAUUACCGUAAUAAAAAAAACCUUUUUUUGCAUUUUAUAACGGUAAUAUUUCAAGAACGAAGACUAAUAGAAUUUUUCUGAUUGCAAAUUCGAGUUCAGUAACCCAAAAACCUUCAGAAAAGUAUAUUUUGAUUCUUGUGGCAAAAAAAGUUUAACUUGGUUGGCCAGUGUUGUUUCUGAUUCAAAGACCUCUACUUAAAUUUUAAAUAUCUCGGGCAAUAAAAGAGAUUUCGGAAAGAUUUGAAAAAAAAUUGAAAGAAUAAAACUAGCUUUUAUAUGCAUUGUUACAAAUUUAUUCAAAAUGAAUUACUAUACAUAAAAACAUAACCGCGAAAACAGCCAAAAUUACGUUUUUUGACAUUUUCUAACCGUAAUAUUUCAAAAACGAAGGCCAAUCAAAUUUUUCUGACUUCAGAUUCGGAUUCAGCACGCCGAAAACUACUAGAAAAGUAUAUUUUGGUUCGUGUGGCAAAAACCUUGUUGACCAGUGUAAUUCUUAUGAAUUUGAAAACUCAAUAGAAAUCCUAGUGAUUUUAAAUUCUCAUAUGACAUUUCUAACAUAUCUCAUAAAUGAAUGUAACGAACAAUAUGAUUUAAUUAUAUCUGCAAUAUUAUUUUCGAAAACAAACAUAUUACACCCUAGUAUUAUCACACCUAAACGAUUUAUUGAUGAAUUAUUAAACAAUACUCAUCGUUUAAAUAAUGGAAAAUCAUUUCCAUUGCCUUUGGAAUACGACAAUUCUUUUAAACUUAUUGAAAUAUCAAAAUUAAAAGCUUUUUAUAAAGAAAACAAAUUAGUUUUUGUCAUACAAACUCCUUUGGUUACGUACACAGAGUUCAAUCUAUAUAAAUUACAUCCACUCCCAGUUCCUUUAAGAAAUAACUCCUUUAUUUUUAUCAAUCCUUCAGCCAAUUAUUUAGCAAUAUCUGUAAAUAAGCUAUCAUAUAUAACAAUUGAAGAUAAAGAAUCAAAUUGUAAAAAUAUUUAUAAUGAUAAGACUAUUUGUGAAAAUAAUAUUAUAAAAUCCACUACAACUUCACCAACUUGCGAAACAAAACUAAUUAUAACACUAAAUAAAAAUAUACCAGAACAAUGCAAUACGAAAAUAUUACAAGGAUACAUUUCAAUUUGGCAUCCUCUGAAAAACAACAUUUGGAUCUUCGUGAGUCCUCAAGAAAAACUUAUCACCAUCAGCUGCAAAGAUGAAGACAUUAAAGAUGAUAUCAUAAAAGGAAUAGGAUUAUUUAAACUGCAGCCUGAUUGCCGAGCAUAUUCAGCAUCUCAUCAAAUUAUUUCCACUACAAAAAUAUCGACUGAAUACAACCAUAUAUUUCCAGACAUACCAAUUUUCGAAGACGAUUGCUGUGGUGAAUUAAAAUCAAAAAACAAGUCAAAACUAUUUCUAUCCCCAAUAAAUCUUUCCAAUAUACGCCUUGAUGAAUUAAAAACAGCAUCCAGUAAAAUAAACAAAAUAGAAGAGAACAUGGAUAAACUUUUCAAUGAUCACAUCCAAAAAGCUAACAACGGAUGGUUUAAAAUGGCUAUGCAAUUCUUAGUCAGUGCAGUCGCAAUCAUUAUUAUACUGUACUGUUUAUCCUGCUGUGGAUGUUUCAGACUAAUCCAGCUUAUAUGUUGUCGACACAAUCAAAAUGACCCAUGUUUGGUUAAAAUUUACAAUAAUUAUAAAACGAAAUCAAACCCACAUGAUAGUGGAUCUUCGGAAGACAUUUCUUUGCCAUACACUCCUUGACUUCACAUCGCUCCGCAUACUCCAACUUCAAUGAGACGCUCUAAACAAGAAAUUUCGCAAGGAUUUUCUACAAAUGAUUAAAAAAAAAAAAUAUUUUAUAUGAAAA